AUGUAUUCAGAUUUCUCGAAUUACACAUACGACCACGAGAUUGCAAUCUCUGUGGUUCCUUUUGGCCAGAACCAAAGAGAAGGACAAGCGAACGUCCUUCUUAAGGUGACACAGGGCAGGGGACAGAAUGCUCAUAAGCAGGACUGGUCUUCCAUAACAGGCCUUGACCCACCGUUUUUCGAAAAUCAUUUCCAGGUAUGUUUCACACCCUGCUCUAAUUUCUGGAACUACAGCGCUUCACCAAAUAAAUCAUUGAUCGCUGUAGUUCCACCUUUGGCCACGGGCGGCGCUGCUGUCUUUGUUGUCAUUCUCAAACCAUCAGCUGAGAGGAUGUCAAACAUAACCAGCCCUCAGCGGUUUUCAGGAACCUUUGACCACUUUUACGAUGGGCAUUAUGAGCCAGAUAUUAGCACCCAGAUGAAGGUGCCAAAGAGAAUACGUGUGACAGGUGAUAAUGAGGACGACCCAACAGUUAACUGGGCUCGGUACAAUGGAGUUAAUGAGAAGUUCGAAAUGAGUGUUCCAGAUCGAAUUGUUGUGGCAGGUGGAGAGCAGCACAUAGGAACACGAGGAGUUCCCCGUGAAGUUGAAGUAGAGAAGUCAAUAAUGCCCACACCUGAUCCAGUUCAGUUCAGAGUACAGAAUGUACACCACCCCUCACCUGAGCAUCUCUCUUGGAGGACCCCACCUCGCACAAUUACCCUCGACAGCUACAACUACCCUGGAGUUGAUGAUAUUUCUCCGACUGAGGACAAGGAAAGCAGCACCCCAGGGUCAGCUCCCACCAUCCUCCCUCGCGGCUCCAACUCAGUCAUGCAUGCUGUCAGUGACCUGGAUCUUGGGCGUGACACAGGCACUCCUGGCAUAACAACAGACCUGAGCCCAAGCGAAGAGAUCUCUCUCCUCCGGCGCCAGGUUGGGAGGCUAAACCGGCGGGUGAUGGCUCUAGAGCUGGACACACAGCAACGCGCACACCGGGAAAUGAUAAUGUAUACUCUUGGCGUUGCAUACUUCCUCAUCAAGGCCAUUCUCUGGAUCAACAGAAACUGAGCGACAGGAACAAGGGUUUAAAAAGUCAUCAGUGGUAAUAAAGGUAAUAUUCAUUUUGGUGCUGCUGGAGGAAGUUUGAAGCUUUAGCUGUAGUUUAAACCUGCAGUUAGAGAUGCUGCAGGAAACAGCCAUUGCUUUGUCUCGUUCCUACAAGAUGAAUUAUAAUUUUCUGCAUCUGCUGUAUGAUUAUAAAACCAGUUGGAGUGACAUCAUCUCCUGUAAUUGUUCCAGGCAGAAAUUUUUACAUAAGAGUGGCACAUGUAAGUCUUAUACCUAAACUUUUUAUUAUUAUUGUACAGCAAGCUAUGAUUGUGAUGAGCCUUUAUUAGGCUAGUAAUAAUAUAAACAUCAUGAGUAUUUAGCUCAGCAAUAUUGUAAUCUUUUAAAAGGACACAAUGUAUAUUUUGCUUCACACUUUUUUAUGUAACAAACAGCUGGAAGUGCAUCAUAAGCUAAGGAAAUAUUGUAUGUAAUAUGCAUAGUUAAUAUAGCUAGAUGUAUCUGUAUUUUCCUUUGUUUUUCAUUUGAAGCAUUUGCAUAAAAAUAUUUACCACAGAUUGUACUAUAUUUUCAAACAACAUGGUUCUUCCUCAUAUUGGCCAGUAAGUGACAAAUUGAUGCCAUUAGUAACAGAGAAAAUACAGUAGGUUUUAUUACCUUGUAUAUUUUUUCAGUCAAGUGAUUUUUACAGAAUCAUUCUCUUCGCUUUUAUGAUACAAUUUAUUCAAAUAAUGUGGCUGUAUGAUUGGUAGAUGAAUCGUGAGCACUCCCAGUGGUGUAUUCAUCCUGAGUCGUCGGGACCAAAGUUGGCAUCGGAAAAUCAAAAUUUGACUGAAAACAUUGCAUCAGUUGAUGUCAACAAAGCACCUCCAAACAUCCAGACAAGGGGAACACUGUAAGUUAUUAAGACUGUUAUGGACAUAUCUAAUUUGGAAUAAGCCCAAGAGGCAUGUGACUGCUGCAGUACAACCCUUUCAAGGGAAAAAAAAGAGUGGUUAAGUGAAAUAUAAUCUUGAAGGACUGAUUAUAUGUUUUUGUUUCAAUUUUUCUCUCUCUCUUUCUGAUGCAAGUGGGUGGUUGUGAACUGAUUUCCUUCUUCACUAGUCAGUAUUUCAUAUAGCAUGCAUCUUGGUACAGCUAAAGAUAUUGUUCAUAGGCAUAUGUCUCAAAAGUUCUAAGUGGUGUGAGAAGGAUUGUUCUUGCAUACUUCAGCCAGGUCUGAUGUCUGAAUUUUGAUUGUUCUCAGGGGAAGCGCAUAUUUUCAAGCAUUUGGCAGUGUGGAAUGGUGAGGGGUGAAUUUAGAGUGAGUAAAACUCCAUUUUAAGGAAUAACUUAAGCUCUUUAUAUUCAGUAAGUAUGAAUCUGAGCAAGAUAUAUAAAAGACAGGUGAUGGAUAAUUCCCUUAAUGUUACGAUAUGACUUUAUCCUACAUAAUAUUGCCCAUAUGUAGUGGUGUACAUUAAAAGAGAAAUGUGGAGAUCAGAUUUACUUGAUUUAGUUUCUAUUGUCUUUUCUCUAAAUUGAGUGUUGGGCAUUAUACAAACAUACUUUAAAAUUGUCAAGAUUUAAGAAGAUGCUGUAGUGUUCAUGAUUUCCAAUUAAACUUACAUGGAACAGUUUUUUGAUUGGAGAAAAUAUGCACACCAUUUGUUCUCAACACUUGUGAAUUUUGUCAGAUUCACAGCACCCAGAAACAAAAGAGCAGAUGGUGAUAUACUGUUCCAAAAACAAAGUUCAUACCUUUACCAUAUAUUUAAGACACAAGAUGGCUCUGGCAUCUACAUGGUUACAGGCUUUCCAUUUUUAUAAAGGAGGUAAAGAUUUUUAUUUGAUAUAGGAAGGACCAUUGUGGUCUUGAGUUCCAUUAAUCCAAAUGCAUAAAAUAAAUCUGAUGAUUAGUUCUACACUACACUGGAAGCUAAAUUAAUGCUUUAGAGUAAAAGAGCUUGCCAGAGCUUGUAGCAUAUAAAAUAUUUGGAAAGUGUAAUAUGUAAUCUUUCAAGCCUAAAUCAGUUGACUUUGUGAAAGGGGUAUCUUCAAGGCUUUGGAAUACCUAAGGGUAUCAUUCCAUGCAAGCUACUUUUUACACCACAUUUGUGAAACAUCAGAGAUUGGGAGGAAAACAGUAGCUGAGCAUAAAUGUGGUAUCAUUGUUAUGUAAAUAGCCAUUGAAUUUUGAUGUAUAUACAAUAUUAGAUUCUAAUAAAUUCUGAAGCAGUGGCAGGUCUUGUGAAACAGAUGUUUAUAUUGUCUCUCUAUCUCACUCCUCAGUUUUAUGGUGGGCAAGGACAGUAUAAUUAUUUUCACAUAUUUAUGUGAGUUUCCAGCAGUGUGUGAUAUUCUCAUUAAAGUUGAUUUUUCUUAAUUAUUUUUUAAGCAAGUUUUUUUUCCCGUGAUAAUUAUUAAUGGUUUGUUUCACAAUUUUGUAACAUUUCUUGUAGUAGUGGUACUAGUGAUAACAUUACCAUUAGUAUUAUUACUACUCAAGACUCUUUUGUAACCACACUACAGCUGUUAAUAGUUACUUUUAAAUGAAAAUCUUAUUGUGUGUUUAAACUGGUUUUGCAGUAUACUUUAGUUUUUUUCAUUGUAUGUCAAUGUGACAAUG